GUUGAACUUCCGGGUCGUUGUUUUACGAACGGUCACUGCCAUUAACCUGCCUCCCGCAACUGUAAAAGAGAAAACGGCGACGAAAGAAAAUGCACACGUCUGCGGUAAACGUCGCCCUGUUCUUUUUCGUGCAGGUUUUGUUGACGCUGACGUGUUUUCAGGACGCAGUGGACGCAUCCGGCAGCAGAGGUUUCGGAGAUAACAUUCACUGGAGGACAUUGGAUGACGGGAAGAAAGAAGCCGAGGCCAGUGGGCUGCCUAUCAUGGUCAUCAUCCACAAAACGUGGUGCGGAGCCUGUAAAGCACUGAAGCCCAAAUUCGCUGAGUCCAAGGACAUUUCCGAACUUGCACAUAACUUUAUAAUGGUCAACCUGGAGGAUGAGGAGGAGCCAAAAGACGAAGCCUUUAGUCCUGACGGUGGCUACAUUCCUCGGAUUCUUUUCCUUGACCCCAGUGGCAAAGUCCAUCCAGAAAUCACCAACAAGAACGGGAAUCCAAACUACAAGUAUUUCUAUAGCAACGCUGAACAGGUCGUGUCUGGUAUGAAGGAGGCGCAGGGAAAGCUAACGGGCGACGCCUUCAAGCAGACGCACUCAGCCGACGAGCUGUGACCCCGCGGUGACUCAAGUCAGGCUGUUAGGGCUAACAAUCUUCUUCAAUCUGAGCCUGGGCGUCGGAGCAGCCAGCCACGAGACCUCACCCUCCACCUCCCCCUCUGUUCAAUAUUCAUACUCAUACUAUAGACGGUGGACUCCCAUCACAUCCAGCACUUUUUUUUUCCGCUUCUACUUUAUUUCGUCUGAUUAUUUUUACUCUGUAUUCAACAGGGUGUACUGUAAAAUAGGCCAAGAUUACUGCAGUUUUUGACACUAUGGGGAAACUUCACAUCUUUACGCUAACUUUGUACCACCUUCAGUAAACACGACAAUCUGCUACGACAGUGGCGUCGUAUUUGCCAAGGACACAGAUGGCGAUGUGCUUCCAAAGAUUCUCUUGGGUACCAUCUGUAAAUACAGUACUACAGUAGUCGACAGUACUUCAACGACCUUCACCUGUGUAUCUGUGUUUGUUUAGCUGCAUGUGAUGUAACACUGAUAUGUUUAUUUUUUAUUUAUCAACCAGCCUCGUUUGAAUAAGCAAAGGGAAAGGUUGGUUCAAGUGGUUCAACAUUUCAGUGUAUUUUAUACAUGUACACAACCCAGUGUGUGCAAAUAAAGUGAAUAGUAUUGAGUAAAUGUGGUGUGUAUUCAUUUUGUACUAGAAAAAAAAAACGCAGCUCCAGUCCUGAUUUUUAGUUGGUUUACAAAACAAUCAAUCAUUUUCUACCAUUCAAAUCCAAGGUUCCCAAUCACUGGGUCCUGGACCAGUACUGGCCUUUGGGCUUUAUGUCACUGGUCUGAAUAGGUUAAUUAAAAAAACUACAGAUCAGUGUGUACAUUCACUAAAAGCAAAAAUGACAGCGUUAACAUAACUAUAUCAAAUUUUAUUGUCUACCCAACAAGACUGAUCCCUUAUGGUUGGUCCAACGGUGAGAACCUGCCGUUAAACAUCAGUAGACGACACUUGAAUCAAGUCACUUUUUAAAUCCAGUUACAUACAGUGAUUUUACACAGUGCUGUUACAUAAACAUGAGUGCUUUCAUUUAAGACACUGGAUUUGUAACCGUUCCUGUUCUGGAUUCUCCUUCCUGUGGAGCCAAGUCUUAGUGUAGAAAAUAUGAUUUUUGUUUUUAAAAAGAUAUAAUAAAUUAGAGAAAGAAUAAAACCACAUGUGCUUCUCUAAAUAUGAAUAAAUCAUAAAAACUGCAUUUAAGAAGAGGAACAAGAGGAGUCACAUUUGAUAAAAGGAUAAAAAAAAAAAAGAUCUAGUUAUUGCUCAGUCUCUGAUGUUUGCACCGGGAAGGAUGAGAAAAAAAAAAUCAAAAAGUAAUGUUAGGAAUGUGAGCGAAG